AAUGACAAGCUACAAAAAUUUGAGUAUUAAUCUUCUAUUUUGGUGACAAUUACGUUAAAUUACUUUAUGUUUGUAUUUAUUUAGUGAGUCUCGAGCUUUCACAAUUAAAAUACUUUCAUCGGUUUCCAGUUUAAAUGAGACAACAAACGCAUGGGGCACCCAUAAAUUAACAAGUGGGGCUAACAAUUUCGGAACUAGUUGUAACUGAAUCGUGGGGGCUCCUGCCCCUGACUGGAUCUUAUGAGUCGGCUGAAACACAAAUUACAGUCCCUGUCCCCCCACGAGGGGCUUCUCUCACCAUUUCAUUUGAAGGAACAUAAAAAUCAGACACCGCAGCUGCGAGAAAUAAAACUGCUUUAGUCUCAAAAAUCGCCAAACAUUCACAUGCAGCCCUCAGAAGCCAGAAAUAAUCCGACACGGUUGUAAACGUCACAAAUAGGACUCUGCCCCCUUCUUGCGCCUGUUUGUAACUGGCCAAAACGGGGGCUAAAACGUCCACACUGUCCGGUUUGACUGUGAUACUGGUAUUGGGGCCCUGGUCGUGCAACUCCAACAUAUCCAUGAAUUUCUGACCGGUGAAGUGUCUCGUAUAGGGCUCCAAAGACUUGACACGAUGCAUGAAGAUCACAACGUAGCCAUGCUCGAGGAAAUACUCAGCUGAGGCAGCCCCACGUGUCCCCGCACUGAAAUUAUCCACAAAACGGACUGUGUUGUGCUCCAGGGGCACGGUAGUGCCCCCUGACUGAAAUGACAAUUGACAUUUAACAUAACCUCACUUUGGUUUUUCAAUUACCGUUAUUAGGACGAUACGUUCACCGGCUUUUUUGUGACGCUCACAGAACUCUUUCAGGAGGAUUCGGUUGUCUUCAAAGUCAGUCGGGGGUAAAUGUGUCGCGUAAAAUUCCUCCCAAUGAGACAUUUUCGGUGAAAUAAUAUCGGUAAAGUCGGAGUCUGUACUGUUGGUACAAAUGUCACAAAGGGGACUUUGGAUUAUUAUUCGGAGAUGAUGGGGGUACCACUUGUGACGCAUUUAAAACACAAAGUCCUCAUCAAGUCCCCCCCAAUUUAAUUUUAAUUAUUUUAAGCGGAAAUUGUCAAGUUGGUAAAGUCGGUUCCUGUAAUUGUUAAAAGUCAGUAGAGGGGGGCUCGAAUUGUUUUGAAAUUUUUCAGUCUUGCUCGAGCUUUCGUGGGGGUAAUACGUGUGUGUUUCUGUUACAAAUUGUGUUAAAAGUCUGGGGGUUGUUACAGUGACCGUGUUAUUAUUGUUAAAGUGUGCUUUGAUGGGUUUAAACUUGGAGUAAUUGUACCAUGAAGAAGCCCCAUUUGUACCACACAAUGACCAUGCUGGGCGUCUUGGAAGUAUAGCGAUGCUACUUCAGACGAUUCCGGGCGAUCCCGGAGCCAAAUCAGAUGAUUCGUCAAAACCGGAAUUGGACACGACCGGAGCACAUGUGUUGGAUUAUGCUCCGGCACCCGGAUGGACGGUUCACGUGACCAAUGAGGGACGUCUCUACUAUUGCAAUCACGUGACACGCACCGCCGGCUGGUUACCGCCCGCCGAGGCGUGGAAAUGUGGUGGCGGCGGCGGCGGCGGCGGCGAGGAAACUCUACCCUACGGAUGGGAAAGAGCCGUCGAUAAUUCAGGUCGUCCUUAUUAUAUCAAUCACGUGAAUAAAACCACCACUUAUGAGACUCCCAUUGUGAAAAAUCUCGAUCCAGCCCCCAUACCUGAGCCCCGUUCUGUAACAUUGGAACGUUCACCAGCACUUGGUUUUGGUUUCGUUGCCGGUUCGGAGAAACCCGUCAUUGUUCGUUUUGUUACUGAGGGGGGUCCCAGUGUUGAUAAACUACUACCAGGUGAUCAAAUACUUUCGGUAAAUGGUGAAGAUGUUAAAAUGGCACCACGUGAACAUGUCAUUUCAUUGGUGAGAGCAUGUACGAAAACGGUAAAUUUGGUAGUGUGUCAACCACCCGAACAACAAGGUAUACGUAAAUCAACACUUCUAUCAGCAAGUAAAAAAGCAAGAUUGAAGACAAAACCAUCAAGAGUGCGUUUUGCGGAAAGUGUGUGUGUUAAUGGAGCCCCCUUAUUUCCGCCUUCUGCGUUUUCAUUGGGUGAUCUAUGUGUCGCUCCCAUGGCCAACGUCCUAAAAGUAUUCCUCGAAAAUGGCCAAACAAAAUCAUUCAAAUACGACGCUUGGACAAGCGUCCAUGACGUCGUGACGUCACUUGAAUCAAAACUAUGUCUCCAAGCAACGGAACAUUUUAGUCUUGUCGUUGAACACAUUAAAUCACUCAAACGAAAUAAACUCACGUUAUUGGAUCCUUCGGAUACACUAGCACGGAUUGCAUCACGACCAGGGGCUCAUAAAUUACGUUGUCUUUUUCGUGUGGCAUUUGUGCCUCCCUCGGCUGCCGCCUUGGCACAACGUGAUCUCAACGCCUUGGAUUAUCUCUAUACGCAAUGUUGUAAUGAUGUGAUACAGGAACGGUUUGCGCCUGAACUACAAUAUGAUACAGCAUUGAGAUUGGCAGCAUUGCAUAUUUAUCAACAUGCCUUGGUUAAUAAUAUACCAGCGACGAAAUUAACUGUUAAAACAAUAGAACGCGAAUUUGGUCUUGAUCGUUUCGUUCCUGCUUCACUUCUCGAUACAAUGAAACGUAAAGAAGUACGAAAACUUAUCUCACAUUUUCUUAAACUUCAUUCCAAUAUGGCCGGCGCUGGAAAACAACUCACUUCAUUACAAGCAAAACUCCAUUAUUUGGAUAUUGUUGCACAAUUGCCUAGUUACGGUGCGAAAUGUUUUUCGGCUGGUCCGAAAGCCGACGCACUCGAACGCGUAAUACUCGUAAGUCCGAAAUUCGGACUAAGUCAAAUUACCGGAACAAGAAAUUCGAUGGUAAGUGGAAGAGGCAACAAUGAAUGGUCGAUAAAAAAUCUAAUCAUUCCUCAGCCGGUACCAAUUGCUAAUAUUGAAGAUAUGAGACGAAUUGAGGUUAGGAGUGAUGAUGAAGUGACAAAAAACGUUUUAGUUAGAUUAGCCAAUGAGAAAACUGUUUCAAUUUCAUUGGAGGAGAGAGAUGCAAGUGAAUUGGUUCUUGUAUUGAGAGGUUAUUUUCGAUUGGUCACCGGUCAAGUAUUACCCGUGGAUCAAGACGAAGCUCCACCCAUGGAAGAUUUAGCUCCGCCUUAUCUCUCCCAACAUAAAGUCGUACCGGAAAAAUGGAGCUACCUCAAUCAGACAGCUAUGAAAACAGCUUGUUUUACAAUCCUACCAACUUAUCAAACUUUAAAUAAAAAAACCAACGGUUUAUAUAACACAAUGGGACGUCAAAGUAAACCACUCGGCUAUAGCCUUGACAACAACAUGAACAAUUCACUAUCAAAUCGUAAUCAUUUUGACACUUACGACCUUGAAACGGUUGUUUCUAUGGAAUUGCUUGAAAAUGGGCGUGGCGAUGAAGUAUUAAAACGUGUGGCAGAAAUGCACCAAUUGGUGGAAAAUUCCGAAAAGUAUCUCCGCCUUAAUUCGCUUGAAUGGCAAGAAACUAGUGUUGAUAUCGAAUCAGAGAAUGAGGAUUCCAUUCCCGGCCAAUUAAAACACAGCGAUUCACUUCUUCUACUUAAUAAAAGUCAUGCCCCGCCUCCUCUUGAACGUCGAUUCGCUAAUGCAGCGAUUGAGUUGCUACGCAGCGAAUCAAACCAAUCGGAGAGUGAUAAUGAUUCGUUGUAUACGCCUCAUGAUUCGCCUAAACAUCGAAUCGAUGCGAAAGCGAAUCGUGUGAGUUUUGGAUUGAGGAGUCCCGAUGAGAAGAACGAGGCGAAAGGCGAGGAAAGUGUGUAUGUUUUUGAUCCGGAUAUUAUUGAUUUGACGUUGUUACCGCCGCCAGCAACACCAGAUGAACUCGAUUGUGCCUUACCGACACCGAUUAACGUGCCGCCGAGCUCGUUCGCCGAUUCCGUCGAGAAGCUCAAUCGUUUAGACAAUUUAAACGAAGACCAAGACCUCGAGGAGUUCCUGGCGAGCGUAACGGUCCCUCCUCCUACUCAAAAAGUAACACCCGCUAUCGAACUCACUCCUGAAGAGAUAAUGUCGUAUAUAAUCCCCCCUCCACCUGUCGAAAUCACUGAAGAUAUAGCACCACCCAUCGAACCGAAACGUCGCAACAGCAACGUCAGUAUCAAAUCUAACAUAAUCGAAUAUGCGACUGUUGACCGCAAGGGGGCGUUUUCGUCGUGUUGUGGUAAAACGAAAAAAGACGAACAAGUCCGACCCCUUCCACGACGAAGUUCCGAUGAGAAACCGCCCGAACGUCCGCCCAAAAACCUCCCACAGGAACGUCAACGCAGCCAAUCAUUAACAACCAAACCACCGAAACUCCCCCCACGUGGUGAAGCUCCGCCUCAUUUAUUUCUUCCGCCUAAAAAACCGCCUUUACCUCCCGUUCCUCCACUCGAAGUACUUAGACAAAAGAAGAAUCAACAAGUGGAGGUUCGGACUGCUGGAAUCGGAUCGCCACAUCUGCAAAGAAGUCGAUUAGGGAGUGACCUUGAUAUGGGGUUAAAGGUGGCACAGACGGCUGUGAGUACCCCAACGUCGCCCCAUUUGGGUCGAGGGGCACAAUUAACGGCCGUACCAAUCAUGUCGCCUGAUAGUCCGACGCAAAAAAAUGGUUGUACGUCAACAAGAGAACUCCUAUUGGCUAAAACGGACGUGGCAAUGGCGAGUCUAUUAGUGAGGUUGGAUCAAGUGGCGGCACAAUGUAGUGCAGCACAAGUACAUGGCGGUGGGAGACUCAUCAGCGAGGAGAAGUUUCAGAUCGCCAAAGAAGAACUAACCUCACAAUCUCUUCAACUCGUCACCUCGUCCAAGAUGCUCGUAAUCGCCAUGUCGGAUCCGAGUUUGCCCGAUCUGCCCGAAAACCUCGCCAUCUGUCUAACAAUUCUUCGUCGUCUCACCGAAUUGUGUCAAGAUCUGACCAAUCAUACAACAGCUCCCCUCCAAACUCGUAAUCUUAUCCUUAAAGUGCACGAUGUUACGGCAGCUUUCCGCCAUCUUAUUACGUCACACAUCGAUCGAACGUCACCGAAAACGAUCGAAGAGCAUCUAGCGGCACAAGCUGAAAGUUUAGCCAAUGUAUUGGCAACACUGUUGAGGAGUUUACGAGUGUUUUCACCGUAAAAAUCUAGUCAGAGUAAUAUGACACAUGACCAAAAAAAAAAAAGUUGAACAAUCGCGCAAUAAUCACGUGACUGAAUUUGUGAUAAUUAUCAAAAAAAAAAUUGUAAUAGGAUCUGUCCGAUGCAAAUUUGUUUAUUAUUAUUAUUUUGUAAGUUUGCUAGUCACGAGCAGUACAAUCGAUGGUUUUUUGUUACCCUGUGAAUGUUUCAUUGUUGGAUUACAAAACAAAUGUAUAUUUCAUUGUUAAUUUAGUUGAAAAAAUCAAGUAUUUAAGUUUGUUGUAAAUUUUAUAAAUGUAAAACUGUUUAAUUAUUUAUUUAUAAGGUGUAUGUAACGUCUCUAACAUAUCCUGUAUGUUGAAAUAAAACAUGCGAAUAAAAAUUAAAGAAAACUGUAACGAAAAAUCGACUUAGACAUCAAUAAUUGUG